GGUGUGUCUUGUUGUCUCACACAAAAUGGACAAUGGCAGAGGAAAUAAAACGCAAAUUAACGAAGCGACACGUUAGCUCAGUCAACUGGCCAUUUUAAAACUGCGCCUUCAGUUUAAAAAUCGUUCACAUUAUGUUAUUUUGUGUUUCGUCAGUCGCUCUCCUGUUCGCGGCCCGACCUCAUGGAUCCCGGCGGAAGUGACCUGGAAUCCAGCCUGCCUCAGCCGGAGACCCCUUGUUUGAUCGUGGAGGAUUCUCAACCGGACAGCGUCGCUCUGGAAGACGACCCGGAGAGCAGCUACAGAGCGGUACUGGCACGACGCCUGUCCAGCCUGCAGCCCAGUGCCUGUAGCCCGGUCCUGGAACUGAUAUCAUCGCCACUUGGCAGUAGAGGCUCUCAGACUGAUAGUCAAUCAGACAGCUGCCAAACUAAAGACCAGGCUGGACCUGGUAAUAUUGCUGUGCCCAACCAUCAUUUAGAAUACCAAGAAGAGAGUCAGGUUCUCAACGUCUGUCCUCCUCCAAACAAGCAAAAGUUUAACUUACCCAUGGAUUCUGACUCUAGUCGUUCCACCGAACAUUGCGAUCAGUCUGAAGAGGGAACCUCACAGUUUGGUUUCCUUGCACUGUCUCAGAGUCAGAAUGUUACUGCUGAAGAAAUGACCAGCCAGGAGGGCGAUUCCAAUUUCAAGCCUUCAGCAGUCAAUAAAAUGUAUUCUAGAUUAGGUCAUAACAGUUGGACUCCCUCCGACGAGGGUGUUAGCACCGGAACAUCAGAGAACCCGGAUCACGAAGCCGUCAGUAACAGAUCUGAGGUUGGCUCCAGCAGCCUGUCAGUUCCAAAAAUAAAUGUACAGGCUCUACUGCACUCACAGUGCCUCCAAGACACCGGUGAGCUGGACCAGCAGGACUGCGAGAUAAUAUCAUCACAGCGGGACAUGUUUGACGCUGGGAAGACAGAUGUUUCAGUAGACAGCACAGUGUCUGAGCCAGAGCAGCAGGGUCAGCCCACCUCAACACCAGCCCACAGCUUGCGGCUGUUGCAUGUAUCUCAACAGGGCACACUGGCGCAGGAGAGCCUGUCCCAAAGCUCUGUUGAUUAUAUCGCCCCAACCCCAGACAACUUCCCCCACAUCCCGUUAAUUGUCCCCAAUUCACCAACAGGAACGGGGAACCAACAUGGUAACACAAAAAUUAUGUCUGAAUUUAAUAAAGGAAGGAGUCUUUACAGGCAAACAAUGUGUGCUUUGUCAGGUGCCGAUGGGCCAAUGGACGCUUCGCAGCCUCCAGAGCAGCGAGCUGACCUAAAAAAAGGAGCACUGAUCGAAACGUAUGCUUCUUCUCAACCCCAGCCACCCACUUCGACUCCUGUAUCCCAGAAUUCUCCUGCUUUUGUCUUAGAGCAAGCUCUCUCUUUACCCUCUCAGCCAGAGUUCUCACACGAUGUGUUUGUCCCAACGCUGAGUCAGGAGGCUCCACAACAGUCCGAUAAUAAUACGUCAUCCUUGCGUCCUAAGCAGGAAUCUCCUCACCUGGAACCCUCUUCGUUUACAUUACCUUUACAGCUCUGUGUUGACACGGAGAACAGCUACUCUGCCAUGAAGAUGUCUGAGGAGAUCAACGAGGAUAGCCAGGCUACACAAAUCGAAGAACUAGAAGAGCUGCCUGGUGUUGAUACUGCUGACUCUGUGUUUCAGGGGAAAGAGUGUAACGGUGUCACUUCUGAAGCACAAAUCGCUACAAGCUCCAAAGCUUGCAGUCAACCAACGACUCUUUUGAAUGUACAUAAUGUUAAUGUGGAAGGAUGUGCCGAGUCGAGUGCUCCCAUCGUUGUGUCUUGCUCGCAGCCGGUGAUCUCCCAAGGAACUGUCGAAGAAACUGUACCUCAGUCACAAUCACUGUCACAGAAAUGUCAGGCUAACAAAGUUGAAAUGAAUAGGCCUGCACAGAUGGAAGAAGUUGCUGUCACAGAGGAUGAAGAGGUGAGGAUGGAGGCAGAAAGCUCAUUGGGGAGCGGGGCUUCAGGUAUGGCUUUAAUCCUCUCCCAAAGCCAACUGAAGUCCCCUGAUGAUGAAGAGCGUGAAGAUGAAGAUGAGAGCAUGGUUGUGGUUGGAGAGAGUCAAAGAGAUUCACAGGCUCCUCCCAAAACCACACCACAACUUCUAAAAGGCCUAAGUUCCCAGUCAGGCAACGUGUCGACGUCCACUAAUGGCCAUCACUCUGUGGCGCAGGAACCAGAAGAACUCCAAAACAAGAGCCUUUGUGAUAGCUCAGGAGACAUAUCCUUCCAUUUCACACUUCCUAAAGAAGGGGAGUUGAUUGGGCCUGCUGUUGGAUCUACGCCGCCGCUAAUCAACCAGCUGAAAAGAACCCUCAGACACAGCACUCCCAUUGAGACCUUUUGCGGGAAGUCAGAUAUUGCUGGUGAUGUUGGCGCUGAUGUCGUGAUGGCAGACAUCGUUCCAGCAGAGGACACUGCAGAGAACGAGGACACUAAACUGAGUCUAAGGAUGAAGUUGGUGACCCCUGUUGAGGAGGGAAGCUCGGAACGGUUCAGCUUGCAGAAACACUCACAAUCAGAUGAGGAUGGAUCUGUUGCCAAGGUGACUGCUGUUGCCAAGGCAACCAGCAGUCCAUCCGUGUUCAGUCGUGUCAGGCAGGCGCACCGACAGCAGGAGGCAGAGGAUGACAGCCAUCUUCCUGGAGGCAACGGCACACUUGUGAGAGGGGAGCUGUUUGCAUCACCACAGAGAACCUCUCAGACUUCAAUGCAAGGAUGCACCAGACUCUCUAAAAGCCACUCAGAGGCUUCACAACAGGAAGUGUUGGCAGCACCACUGGAAGUUGCAAUAGAACCACAAGGCCAGGAGCAGAAUGGAACAGAACUUUCCACCCCAAACCAGAAGGACGUCUCCAAGCAGUCUUUAGACAACACCAUUGCUGCCAGCCCAUCCAGCAAGAACCCUCCCUUGAAAAGAACUGGUGGCCCCUCCCAUCGUAGGCAUGUGCGCACCAUCCAGGAAGUACGAACCACCAUCACACGGAUCAUUACCGAUGUCUAUUAUGAGGAUGGCAAAGAGGUGGACCGCAAAGUCACAGAGGAGAACGAGGACCCAGUGGUGGACUGUCAGGUGUUGGACAGUGACGUUUCCCAAAGUCACACUGGCAGCAGCUCCUUAACCUCUGGUGAUCUUGGCGACAUCAGCUCCCUAUCAUCCAAGGCCUCCAGCCUGCAACACAGUUCUGGAGGAGCUAGCAGCACCACAGGCCUCCUUAGGCCAGAGUUUGUCAUGCCCCCCAGCCGAGGCGCCAAAUCCAUCAGUCCCAGAAGGGGAGGUGGACAGAAACAGAGGGGUCAUAGGGGUCAAGGGGCAGGGGCAGUAAUCAGAAAUGACAGAGGUUAUGGUACCCAUGGGUCCGAGGCUGUAGUUACGCUCACCCCCAGAGGACGGGCUAGACGUGGCCGACCCCCGUCCAGGGGAGGAGAUGCUAGCUCCUUGCCUCGGCUAGGUGCUCAUCUGUCCUCCUCAGAGGAUGAACAUUACACCCGCGUACGCUCCACGAGGCUCCUAGUCAGCCCCAGAGACGCUGACAUCCCCUGCCACGCCGACGCUCUCCGCUCGUCCCCAGAGGAAGCAAACAUGGCUCGAAGUAGCUUUGUGGGAUUGCGAGUGGUGGCCAAGUGGUCUUCCAAUGGUUACUUCUAUUCGGGCCGCAUUGUGAAAGAUCCUGGGGAGGGCAGAUUCCGCCUGCGGUUUGAUGACGGCUACGAGUGCGAGGUGGCAGCGAAGGAUGUCCUUCUGUGUGAUCCCAUUCCCCUAGAGUCCGAGGUCACUGCAUUGCUGGAAGAUGAGUUCUUUAGUGUUGGUGUCAUAAAGGGUUAUAAAACAGAGGGCCAGGACCUCUUCUAUAGUGUGGAGAGAGAUGACCAAAAGCAGUGGUACAACAGGACGUCCGUCAUCCUCUCCCUGGAGCAGGGAAACAAACUGCGGGAGCAGCACGGCCUUGGACCGUAUGAGCCCUCCACUCCUCUGGCCAAGGCCUCUGACAUCAGCCUGGAUAAUUUGAUGGAGGGUAAAAGGCGCCGCCGAGGAAUUUCUGCGGGUCCAGACACUCCAAACCACAGCUCCUCCAGAAGCCAACGCACCCCUGGUCCCUCCAGUAAGAGAAGGCUGAGCGCCCUGGAUAACGAGAGCCCGGCGGCCAAAAGGGGUCGCAAAGGUCCUGGAGCCCGACCGGGUCAGAGGGUGGCCGUGUGCAACACCUCUGGCAGUGGCACGGAUCUCCCCGGUCAGUCACGUGAUCCAGCAGAAAGUCAUGGCCCAAUGCCCCAGAACACGUCUCUCUUCAUGGGCUUCGCCUUCAUGCUGACGGCCUCUUCCGAGAGCGACCGACUGACAAAUAAGCUAACAAGUGAAGAGGAGGAGGAAGAUUAUGUGCAGACAGGUCCUUACGACAAAGCGUACACGGAGUGUCAGCUGCAAGCAGGUGGAGGCUUUGUUUUGCCAGACUUCAAUGAAGAACAGUGUAAGGCCGCCUACCAGAGUUUGCUGAUAGCGGACCAGCACUGCCGCACCAGGAAGUACGUGCUGUGCCUGGCCAGCGGUGUGCCGUGUGUUUCACACAUUUGGGUCCGAGACUGCUGCAACGACAACAAGCUGCUCAACUACAGAAACUAUCUGCUGCCUGCCGGCAUGGGACCAGAUGAUGGCGUUGUAGAAUGGCAUCCCCGCUGUAGCCCUUUUAAGGAUCUGCGGGUUCUUGUGGCGUUUGAGAAGCCAGUGGAGCUUUGGUCCCAGCUCGCCACUAUGGGCGGAGCCUCCGCUGUCCGACACUUCCAUGCUGACAAGGACAGCACCGAUAUUCCUGCUGGCAAAUAUGAGGUGGUGGUGACGGACCACUCCUGCCCACCAACGUUGGAGAAAAACAUGACGUCACUGGAGGUCCCACUGGUGUCUCCCGAGUGGCUCAUCCAGAGCGUCAUCUGUGGGGAGUGCCUGGACUUCCACAGCAAGCCUCAGUAUAGUCAUAACUUCACCUCCUCUUCAUCAUCAUCGUCGUCGUCAUAAUAAUGUAUGUUCAAAUUCCCGAUCACUAAAUUUGUUCUGUUGCAUGCCGAUACUUUCUAUGACAUCGUUCUGUCUGUUUUUAUGGAAUACAUUUUGAGCCGUU